AUGGCCUUUACGCCCAGGGGCCCCGAGGCCUCGUUUUUUGAGGUUUUGGACCAGCACAGGGCUUCCCUACUGGCCGCCCUGAGGAGAGGCGGCGAGGAGCCCGCGGGUAGCGGGAUGCGCUUGGCUUCUAGUUCUGAGGUUCUUUCAUCUAUAGAAAAAAUUAUCCAAGACAUAGUCACAAGCUUGGCAAGAAAUGAAGCGCCUGCAUUCACAGUAGACAACAGAUCAAGCUGGGAAAAUAUAAAGUUUGAAGAUUCUGUGGGUCUUCACAUGGUAUCUCAUUGUACCACAAGAAAAAUCAAAAGUGAUUCACCAAAAUCAGUUAAAAAUUUUGCACUAAUUCUUAAAAUAUUUUCCAUGAUUUAUAAAUUAGUACAGAGCAACACUUAUGCAACCAAAAGAGACAUUUAUUACACUGACAGCCAACUCUUUGGUAACCAGACUGUUGUGGACAAUAUUAUCAAUGAUAUUUCCUGUAUGUUAAAAGUGCCGAGGAGAAGUCUGCAUAUACUGUCUACAUCAAAAGGUUUAAUUGCUGGCGAUUUAAAGUACCUCGAGGAAGAUGGCACCAAGGUGAACUGCACACGUGCAACAGCUGUUGCUGUGCCAUCUAAUAUUCAAGGAAUUCAGAAUUUAAUUACGGAUGCGAAAUUUCUACUAAUUGUAGAAAAAGAUGCAACAUUUCAGCGCCUCCUGGAUGACAACUUUUGCAACAAAAUGUCUCCAUGCAUCAUCGUUACGGGAAAGGGGGUACCUGAUCUGAACACAAGACUUCUAGUCAAGAAGUUGUGGGAUACAUUUCACAUUCCUGUUUUCACUCUGGUAGAUGCUGAUCCACAUGGCAUAGAGAUAAUGUGUAUCUAUAAGUAUGGAUCUAUGGCUAUGUCUUUUGAAGCCCAUAAUCUCACAGUUCCAGCUAUUAGAUGGCUUGGUCUCCUCCCUUCUGAUAUCAAAAGAUUAAAUAUACCCAAAUGUACUUUAAUUCCACUGACAAAACGGGACCAGAUGAAACUUGACAGCAUCCUAAAGAGACCUUAUAUUACUUGUCAACCAUUUUGGAGAAAAGAAAUGGAAAUAAUGGCAGACUCUAAAAUGAAGGCAGAAAUUCAAGCUUUGACCUUCCUAUCAUCAGACUAUCUUUCCAGAGUAUACUUACCUAACAAAUUAAAAUUUGGCGGGUGGAUAUAA